AUGACUAACACACUUUUAACCACUAACUGUAAAAGCAAAGAAGCCGUAGAAAAGUACCUUGAUGAUGUCCUGAGCAAGGUGCAGGGUGACCUGCCUGACCCUAUGCGCAUUCCACCCCGAUCAACUGUUGUCGAAUUGAGUGACGGAGAAGUUUGGGGCUUGUCCACCCUCACAAGAAAAGGAGACGCUAAUGUCAAAUGCGAAGGGAAGAAAGUUACAAUAACUGCAAAGUUCACCGCUGAAGAAAUAAAGGGUCGUUACACGUGGCACAAAAAGUUGCGUGGAAGGGACCGUGAAGGAUACGUCGUGUUCAUCUCAGAAGACUUUGAAGCAGAAGCUGACCUGUCAAUCACUUACGCAGAUGACGAAAACCAGCACCAUCAUCCACAAUUGGAGAGAUUGGAAAUCAGUCGUUUCAAGGAUGCAAGAAUUGAAAUGACUGGAAUGAGUUACAUUACCUGGGCUUUGGGAGAAAUGACGACGCUCUUGUCCGGCAUUUUCCAAAGAGCUAUUGCGCAUGCUCUCGAAGGACCACUAAGGGAGGCUCUCGAGAUGCGAAUGAGAGAAAUUGACAUUGAUUAA